AUGGAGGAGCUAGACGGUAUUUUCUUCGAUCAUGUUUCUUCCCAUUCCACAAUUUCCAGAAAUCCCUUUGUUCAUUCAAUUAAAAUAUCACUUAUUCGCCGUUUUCAACUCUAUCUUUUCGCUAUUCUAGUAUUUCCUUUUCGUCUUUUUUUCAUGCUUAUAUUUCUUUUUCUCACCCUUCUCGUUGGUGAAUUUGCAACUCGGGGGGUUGACUAUUCUAAACCGUUCUGUCAUUUGCGACAGCGCCUUCUGCUACCCAUUUUCAUAUUUUUUGGUCGCGCACUCUUCUUCUCUGGGGGUUUCAUUUGGAUUAACCAGAUUGGUCGUCGUGCAUGUUGCUCUGAGGCACCCAUCCUCGUACUAGCUCCUCAUUCCUCUUUUUAUGAUUCACUCGUCUUUCUUGCCCUUGGAAUGCCUUCUGUUGUGGGAAAAGUUGAGACUGCUGCUUCGCCACUUGGAUCGUUUAUCAAGAUGACUCAACCCAUUCUGGUAAAUAGGGAAGAUCCAUCUUCUAGACAAAAUACUCUGGCAGAAAUUAAAAGGCGAACACAGGCCAUUGGGGAAUGGCCCCAAAUCUUGAUCUUCCCUGAAGGCACCUGUACAAAUCGGUCGUGCCUGAUAAACUAUAAGCAAGGCGCAUUCACAGUUGGAUGUCCUGUUCAGCCGGUAAUUUUACGUUGGGGUUAUGGCAUAUUUCUCCCGGUAUAUAUCCCCAGUGAAGCGGAAAAAGAUGAUCCCCAACUCUACGCAAAAAAUGUUCGAGCCGUAAUGGCAAAGGCAGCGAAUCUUCCAACCACAGAGCUUAGUUUCGAUGACUGUCAUCGCAUACGAAAAGCCAUUCAAUUCAAUAUUCCAAUGGCUUUUCAUAUCAACGAAUAUGGAAGACUCACAAAGUACCUUUUCAGGGAACAACGUUCCGAGGGCCACUUCUCUUCCAGCAAUAUAUCUCACGUAUCCGAUAGAAUUCUCGCUAUGGCAACUGCUGCUCGUGAAUGGUAUAGCGCAACAAAUUGCGAACCACUAAAACCCUCAAAACUGGCUCAAAUAUUUCUUUAUCCGGGUGAUGAAAUCUCCAGGGAUGUACUGCUGACAAAGGUAGCUGUACUGAAGAAAGUUGUGGAUACACUACCCAAGUUACCAAAUGAUCAACCGGAUAUCAGGAUCUUGGUGACUCAGCUGAGUUUCCUCAUGUUCUCUUCCUCACCCUCUGUUGCUAUGCAACUGGCAUUCCAGGCUUUUGAAGAGGUACCGAUAGGCGAAGGUAGUGCUGCUAACUUGGGUGAUUGUGCUACUGAGAUGUUUACCUCCCGAGUGAUAUCAUCGGCUGAUGCUGUUCGUAUUCUCACGGCUGCGUAUCAUCUUUCAACUGAAGAUGCCACUUCUUUGCUUCCGAACAAUGCAAAGAAGGGCAUCGGUUAUUCAGAAACAAUUACACCUAUAUGUUCUCAUGUGAAGUAG